GACACCGCGCGCGCACACGCACACGCACACACACACCAGCACCGCAACUAUACAAGCCGAACGAUGACAUUCACACAGAGACGACACACAACAACAGUUAUUUGACAACUUCCGACACCCCGCACCUUCACCUCGCCGGUCCUAGCUGCAAGAGCCCCCGGUCUAACUGUCUGUCCCGCCCUCCUCCCAGCACAUCAGGCCCUCCAGUCCUACAGCGGGACCAUGAUGCUCAGCAGCUCCGUGGAGGUGCCCAGCCCUGGCGGGAUGAGCGGCCUCGGCGGGCUGAGCGCAGCGGCCCGCAACGUGGUGCGCUCCUCUAGCAUCUCGGGGGCCAUGUACAACCUGGAGAAGAGUCCCGGCAGCGGAGGCCCUGACUCCACGUCUUUGGCCGGCAACAAGAAGCGGCGCUCCAGUCUGGGCGCCAAGAUGGUGGCCAUCGUGGGGUUGUCGCAGUGGAGCAAGAGCACGCAGCAGCUCCACCAACAAGAAGGUGGGACGAAGAAGCUCCGCAGCACCAUCCGACGGAGCACGGAGACCGGCAUCGCCGUGGAGAUGAGGAACCGAGUGACACGGCAGGGCAGCAAGGAAUCAACCGACGGCAGCACCAACUCCAACAGCUCUGACGGAACGUUUGUCUUCCCUACCACGCGCCUGGGGCCCGAGAGUCAGUUCAGUGACUUCCUGGAUGGACUCGGCCCGGCUCAGAUCGUCGGCCGGCAAACGCUAGCUACACCCCCCAUGGGGGAUGUCCAUGUAGGCAUGGUGGACAGAGGAGGGCAGCUGGAGGUGGAGGUCAACCAGGCCAGAGGGUUGAUCCCUAAACCCGGCUCCAAGAACAUCCCAACAACAUAUGUAAAGGUGUAUGUCCUGGAGAAUGGAGUGUGCUUAGCCAAGAAGAAAACCAAAGUAGUGAAGAGGAAUCUGGACCCCACCUACCAGCAGGCUCUGUUGUUUGAUGAGAGCCCUCAGGGCAAGGUCCUACAGGUAAUAGUCUGGGGGGAUUACGGGCGUAUGGACCACAAGUGCUUCAUGGGAAUGGCCCAGAUCCUCCUGGAGGACUUGGACCUGUCGGCCACAGUCAGUGGCUGGUACAAGCUUUUCCCUACCUCCUCCUUGGCAGACCCCAGCAUCGGACCCCUCACCAGACGCCUCUCCCAGUCCUCCCUGGAGAGCGCCACCAGCCCCUCAUGCACCUAGACACCCCAGUAUAACCCUCCCCACAUGCACGGGCACAGGCAGAGUCAUGCAGACACGGCCACACGUACUGUAUACACACAACUACUGUAUUUGAAGUGCAAGACAGGUAGGCAUACACAUAUAUACCCAUCUGCACAUAAUAACUGAUCCCAUCGACACAAAUACACACACUCACACGCUGACAUUCCACUUUUUGCCAUAUUCUCCACAUAAUCAGUAUUUUUAGAUGAUCUUCGUUGAACAAAACUAAUUUACCAGAAACAUGUAGCAUUGUUUCACCCAUGACAUUUCAACAUUUCUCACAACAUGACACGACAAACCACCGGACGCCAUGUUCUGCAUUCCAACGUACCAGAUCUCCGUGGCAUGACUCAUCCCAGGGCCACCCCGAUGCCAGUUUCUAAACUCUCUAUGCCAAACUUAAGAAAAAAUGACCUUUAUUUUUUAAAACCAAAGCAAUUGUUAUUGUUGUUAUUCCUAUAAGUAGUAGGUGAAGUAGUAUACAAUAUAAAGUAUGGAUAUGUAGCAGAGUCUAUGACUUAGAUGUAAUGCAAAAAAAAGAAGACACAUUCUACACACAUGAGCUGAGAAGGGCAGGUCACACACAUAAGCAUACCUGGGCAGCAGGCUUGGAUGUUCACAUAAUGGCUAUUAUGUGAGGUAGCAACACUGCUAUUCUAUAAUUUUCACAGGGCAGAGUUUAUAUAUAGACAUACAUUAUAUAUAAAUAGAUAGAUAAAUACUUAUUUGUGUUUACGUACGUAUCGGCUGCAUUCUGCAUGUUUGCUUGCAACCCUCGUAGAGACAUUUUAAAAGUGCUUGACUCUUUUUAUUUAGCUUGCCUUGACCAAUGUAACGGGAGUAUAGUGCUACUUUACUUUGCGAUCCGGUGACAGGGAGGGUGCCGUCACCGCCAUCUGCAGCCGAGGGGAACAAAUUAGUCGACCGGCCCACACAUUCGCAGAGGAACAAACUUCUGAUCCUGCCUUCAUCUGAAGAGGGAAGGGCUGUCGUACCUCGAGGCACUCUGGGGUUCUUGUGCUCCACAUUCAGGCGAUGCCACAGUCUCUCUCCCUCCCUCCCUCCCUCCCUCUAUAUACCAGCACCCAGACUUGUUUGAACUUUCCCGCUCAUCUUUUUUGUUUUAUUCGCACUCUUCCCGAUUGACGAAGGAGGCAGGCAGGCUGGCGAGCGUGACUCAUGCCUCUCUCCGCGUCUGGUCAGAUCACAGCCAGACAUCCAAGCAGAGACACUUACAGGAAUGGUACCACCUACGACCUUUACCUUCUCUUUGGUCACUCCUCUCUGUCACACUGACUGUAACUGAACCUUUUUUAAAUGUGUAAAACAUGUAUUUUAAUUUUUUUUUUUAUCUGACUAUUCAUCCCAGUAUUCCUUUGCUAGCAGGGUGAUUGUUAACCUGCCAUAUACGGUAGUUUUACUUGUUUCAGGUACAAUAUGUCAAAACUAUCCAGUGUUUAAUCGUUCUUAUUUUAUAUUUCCAGUCAGGCAGCGUGUGUUAAAAAUGGCACUUUAAUGUAACUUUUUUAAUUAUGUUUUAAUUAUAAACCUGCAGUGGUUGACCACUUUUUAAAUGAUUUGUUAGAAUUUUGUCACACUGCAUUGAUCAUCUCUGUUUGAAAUGAGCGCCAGCAUGAAAGUGUGACUUAAGUUCAUUAAGAGUCGCAGUAUAAGGGCCAAUUUAAACAGCUGAAACAGGUCAGUAAAGCCUGUUAAAUUGGAUUUUACUGUUUGUUAACACUUCAAUCUGAGCUGUCAAAGAGAUUCAUUGUAAAGAAAAUACCUGCUUGGAAAAAAAUCUCCAUUACUUCUUAAAGCCACACUGUGUAACUUUUACUGAGCAACAGCGCCCCCUGCAGCCACACGGGGGGGAUAUUCUCUUGGGUUCCAUGUCUGAGCGAUUAAGUUGUUUUUAUGUAAAGAAAAAACAGUGGAUCAAUGUUUUUGACUGCAUCGUCCCACUCACUGAACUGAAACGCUGAGCGGUGGAUAUUACCCAUGAUCCACAGCUUCCUGAACCAGGAAGUAUUCUUCAUAUUUUAACAUUUUCCUUUUUAAUGACUUCUUAUUCUCUUUAACUGAUCAACAGCUUGGGCAAGAACAGACGUUAAGGGUGGGGAGUGGGACUUAAGGUGGCACUAUUCUUUCUAGUCCAAGUUAGUGAACCUUCAGACUAUUUUCAAAGCUGCUCUUUUAAGGCGAAAAGUUGCAAAGUGUUGUUUUAAAAUGGGAGUUUUCCAAGGAUAAAUACAGUUACAGGUUUUGAAAUAGUUCUAACCCACAAAUGUCUUUCUCAACAAAGGUAUCACUGACCUGUUGGCUGUUUAAGCUAAAUGUGGAAUGGUUGAGUCUUCACUGACAACGUGACAAACUGAGCUGUUUGCAUUUAACGUUUUCUUUAAGAGUAUUUAUACCUGUCUGUGUAUCGAAUCUGUCGCGAAUACCAACACCACGGAUAAGGAAACGAAAGGCUGUCGUAGUUCAGCGACGUUAUGAGAGCCGACAGUCUCAAGCUACACCCCAUGAAAAGCUUUUUUGUGUGUGUGAGUUUUUUAAGAGCUCGCGUUUGGUUUUUAUCGCAACCAUAUAUUCUGUCGCCUGCUAACAACUGUCCUUCCUUUGUUUGUUGUUCGGCAAAAAAAGGGAAAGUCCAAGGCAUUUCGUCUUCUCGCCUCCUCAGACCAACAGAAUUCACAAUUUAGCGCCCCUUGAACAUCGGAAAAAGGGGAUCUCUGGUAUUCCUGAAUAUUUUGGGGGUGAGCGUGAUGAUCAUUUUUAGACCCCACAUCUAGUAUACAACCUUUUAUUUUUCUUAAAAGAACCACCAAAGUCUCGCUUCCAAUUUCCUUGCUGGAUCUGUACUUGUAUGGUCAUGUAUAUGAAGUAAUUUCAUGUACAUUAUUGAUUUGUAUUGAUCUAUCUUUCUGUGGACAGCUGGCAUGAUGUAAAAAUAUGGACUACUCUUGGUAUUUGCCCACACUCUCUUUGGUGCGCACAUUUUGUGAUGGCAGAAAGAAAGGCUGGAAAUAGAAAGAACAAUUUAAAGUAGUUUUUAAACCUGUAGAACAUCGCCGCUCAAUGUUUAGUCCUUGGAAAAUUAUAUGAAAAAACUGUCGAUAUUGUUUUCAAUGUGAUUUCUGAAGCUUGUACGAGACCGUCUGUGUCCGUUUGCUGUGUCGGGUAACCCCAGAAAACACUCUCAGAUCUGGUUAUAGUAUAAAGUGAUGAAUAAUUAUCCUAUCAGAGGUGUAUUUAUAGAGAGCGGAUCUGCCAAAUUUCGUUCAGAUCCUUUUUUAUCCCUGCAACCAAAAGGACAAGUUGAAAUAUUCCCUUUUCUUCUAAGUGUAGUGUGGGUGUAGUGAAGGUUAGAUCUUUUGCAUACAUGCAUAAUGAGCAGCGAGUCAGCAACAUGUGAGCGGGAGAUUUAAAAAGUGUAAAUAUUUAUUUAGGAGAAGGGUUUUCGGAUAUGAGCAUUAAAUCUUCAUUAUCUUGUUAUGGCAUUUAACAUAGAUUAGAAACUUUACUAAAACAUGCAUGUUCUCACAACAUGGUCACACACUCAAAGACAAAUUGUUAACCAACGUAAAAAGGUCUCUUAUUACAAUUGGUAAAACACAUUUAAAUUAAAAAUGUCAAAUUAAAGUUAUCAAUUGUGUUUAUAUAGCUUGUUAACCUUAAUUUGAACAAACUUAAAUCCUUUCUGUAGCUGUGCCUCACUGAAGUUGGUGUCUUUUCAGUGUAAUACUUGUGUUGCACAUACUCUACUGUUUAGAGCGAGUUAAAUAACUGUAGGUUGUUGGAGAGUUUACAUUGUAGCAAAAUUAUGCUUUGGUAUUUUAUUUUUUUUCAAAUGGGAAGUUGGAUGCACGAACGCAGGUUGGUUCAUGGUCUGAAGUGUUCGGAGCAGUUUAUUGGAGCAUGUGGAGCUCGGCACAGUUGGAUUCAGCUCGGGUUUAAACGUGGCUCAGCUGAGAUUUGAAUGUAAAAGUCUGGAUGAUGCUUGGAAUGUAAAACCCGCAACACUUGCUUGUCCCCCCCCGUAAAGACCCACAUCGAACAUUCCUUUCUGUCCCGAGUGCAAAACUUAACUAAUGCAUCUUCAAUCAACCCCGAGUUGUCUCUUGAGCGCUAUGUCGAAGAUGUGUUUUAUUUUUGUAAGAAGAGUGGUAUCAUUCGGAGAACGAAGGAAGAAGAGUCGGGAGAGGGCUAGAGUUUAGGGGAAAAUGAGGGCUUGUCAGUUUACAAUGGCCUUACUUUGUGUAGGAGACAUUGCUUCACUAUUGUAGCACACAACUGAAGGUUUUGACAAAUGUAUUUUGCUUGAACUAUUGUACUGAAGUUAUAUAUCUGUGUAUAUGUAUAGUUUUACGAAUGUAUUUCUUAAUCCUUACACCGGAGCUGAGUAUAAUUUGAAUUGUUUUUCGUCACCUUUCUUAGCUAUACUGUCUCUUCGAAGUCUUUCCAGGGGAUAUCACCUGCAUCUGUUCAGGCAGCUCCCCCCCCCCCCUUCUUACUUUGACUGCACUGUCAGUCUUAUCCUCUGCGUGUUCAUUUUAAGAGAGCACCUCUGAGGUUGAAACGAGCAUGACUUAUGUCUUGGCGAAAUGCAUUUCCUAUAUUUAUUUAAAUCGCCACGAAGGGUUUCGAGUUAAAAAAAAGAAAAGGGAUUGAUGCCCCCCCCCCGAUAACUUAUUGACUAAUCCAAUCGAUCAGAUGGAGCUGGUCAGUUUUUUGUACUUUGAACUAGAAAAAGUUUGCCGCAUGGUUCCUCCGAUGAUUUUCUUGUAUUUAAUCUUCCUGAUGAUAUGAUAACAAUGAUUCAUAAUUCAGAUAAUAACAUGUAACACAACCACAAGGAUGAUGAUGUUAGUUUGACCCAGUAUCACGUUAUUAGAGAAUCCAAAUG